UUGGUUCUCGUCAGGAGCCGGAGCCAGAAGCAACCGGAUACAGGCGGCCUAAUCCCCACAAGAACACUCAAACCUACCACCUCCAGUGCUCCCCCUUCGAUUUCCAGGAGAUUUCUUGCAAAUCUGCAUAAGGAGCUGUGGAGACAGAUGGAUCCGGAGGUGAAGGACUCAAGGCCAUCAAGGUCUCCCAGUGAACCAAACCUUUUCCUGCAAUGGGGCAGCCGGAAACGACUCCGCUGCGUCAAGACGAGGGACGACGGUUCACCAUCACCUGCGAGGACCGAAGUUCUUAGGCGCACCAUACCACGGGUGAAUCGCCCGCUCGGAGGCGACGUUGCACCAUUUCGUUCACCGCGACGCCCAAGCACGCUAAACCGAAGGAAAACUGAGCCACUAGUGAGCGAUAAUAGGCAUUCCAUGUCGCUCUCACCGGAGAAGGAUCGCUAUUACUCCACUAGGGGUUCACCGUUUCCGUUCGAAGGAAAUGGGUUUGAUUUUGGUGGUGGAAUGGAAGAAAAGGGCACCACUGCGCUACCAAGGUUCUUCAUUUCAUUGUCUAACAAGGAGAAAGAAGAGGACUUCAUGGCAAUGAAGGGCUGCAAGCUCCCACAGAGGCCCAAGAAGAGGCCAAAGUUGAUGCAGAAGUGCUUGCUUAUGGUGAGCCCAGGAGCAUGGCUGUCUGAUUUGUCGCAUGAGAGGUAUGAAGUUAGAGAGAAGAAGUGCUCCAGAAAGAGGGCUAGAGGAUUGAAGGCUCUUUGCAAUGAGAGUGAUUCAGAAUAGAAAUGUGGAGUGGAGAUCCAUUUUUUUUGACUUUUGCUGGAGACAGUUAGGUACAAUGCUGGUUCAUUCAUUAACUAGAAAAGAGAUCUGAGCGGCUAAUUUAGUGAGGAGGAUCACCUACUCUUCUGCCCCCUUAUAUACCCUGUAUCUCCAUCGUUUUCUUUUGUUCAUUCGUUCUUUUGAACAAAUUGUCAUCUAGAGCUAAGCCUGUCAACCGAAACAGUAUAUUAGAUCAUUCCUGACCCUAGUGAGCUUCCAUGCCUAAGGAGUUAAUGGCACCUGUUAGGUCAGCACUGAAGUGAAAGCAGUUGAAAACUACAAAGACAGAUGAAGAUGGAAGGGCAUGCACAGUCAACCAUCUUCAUGGCUGAGAAAGAAGAUGGGAAGUUGGGUUUGGUGCAUUUUGGUGCCUCAAUUUGUUGUAACAGUAACACCAACUUGGGAGGAAGGAGGCCAGCUGUCCAUUCAAACUGGUUGCUGAUUGACUGAUUCCCAAAUAUUGUAAUCCUAGGUGAUGUUGAAGAGAACGCCGUGUGCAGGCCAUGGCUGGGCACGAUCCUGAAUUCAUGGUGACACUGCCCCUCCUGAAAUAUAUAUCAAAUUCGCAGAGUAAUUUGACCUUCUCCCCCAUGUCAUAUGCUUGCUCCGUUGGAAACUUGGAAUGUGAUGUUAUGUAGUUCAGGUUAAUUCUGCUUCUU